AUGGAGACAAAUGUCACUGCUUUUAAGGAAUCUAAGCUUAUCGGGCGACAGAAUGAAAAGUCACAAAUUCUCAAGUUGAUUUCAAAUGAAGUUAGCCAAGAUUUUGAGGUCAUCUCUGUAUGGGGAAUGGGUGGUCUUGGCAAAACCACAUUGGUUAAAGAUGUCUAUCAAAGCCAAGAGCUCAACGCCAUGUUUGACAAGCGUGCUUGUGUCACAGUAAAGCGGCCUUUCAAUCCUACGGAAGUUCUUAAUAGUUUGGCUGAGCAACUGAGUGAUCAGAAGCAAUGGAACCAUGACAUUUUAGAUGGAAAAAAAUACUUGAUUGUUCUUGAUGAUUUAUCUACCACCAGAGAAUGGAAUGAUAUACAGAGUCAUUUCCCUAGAAUGGUAUUUGGGAAGAUUACAAAUUUAAAUGAGGAGUGCCCUGAGUUGUAUGAGGUGGCUGAAUUGAUUAUGAAGAAGUGCAAAGGACUUCCCCUUGCAAUAGUGACCAUAGGUGGCUUCUUGGCUAAGCAACCAAAAACUCCUAUGGAGUGGAGAAAACUGAACUCACAUAUCGGUGCUGAGUUGGAGAUGAAUGAAGGGCUUAGAAAUAUUAAAAGUGUCCUCAGUAAGAGCUAUGAUGGUUUACCUUACCAUCUGAAGCCUUGUUUCUUAUAUCUGUCUAUCUUUCCUAAAGACCAAGAUAUUAAACGAAACCGCUUGGUGCACCGGUGGAUUGCUGAGGGUUACUCAACAGAGGUGCUUGGUAAGUCUGCUGCAGAAAUAGCUGAGAGCCACUUCAUGGAACUCAUUGAUAGGAGCAUGAUACUACCAAAUAAAACGACAUAUUUCAGCCAAAAAGUAAUCAACUCUUGCCAAGUCCAUAAUCUCAUGCGUGAAAUAAGCAUCUCAAAGGCAGCAGAGGAAAAUCUUGUAUUCAGGCUGGAAGAAGGUUGA